UUUAGGGAAUACGCCGGCCUUGUAAAGAGAUAUUCUCAUCUGUUUUAACAGAUAAUGGACUUUGCUGUGCAUUCAAUGUAAUGCCUCAACCCGUCAUGUACAGGAAUAUACCCGAUAUAAAUGGCGAAAAAGAUGAUUGGAAUAAAUGGGACCCUGAGAAAGGGUACAGUACUAAACCGAAGUUUCAGAAAAUAUCUCAGGGUCUUCUGCAUGGUCCAAUAACUCAGCCUGAUAUGUUAAACUAUGGGUUUGGGUUAGCUGGAGGAACAGAGAAUUUCUACAGUUUGACUCCAAAGGUAAUUCAUGCUGAUCCCGCAGUUCGUGAAACUAAUCCUCAAACUAAGAAUUGUUAUCUUCAAGAAGAGAAAUAUCUUAAGUUUUAUUCAUUCUACAGCUUGAAUAAUUAUUUAAUGGAGUGCCAGGGAAGCUGCAAAAUAAAGGGAACGUUAAAUGUCAAUGGAACUCAGCUAAAGAAAGGAUUCACUAUACCGGAUGGUUCCCUGGUGCUUUGAAUGAUAAUUGCGCCUGUCUCCCCUCCUGCUCAGAAUAUGAUUAUGAAGCUAUCAAUUCAAUGACAAGACUAACUGAUUCAAUGUCUACCAAAUUACCUCUUGAUGUACUGGCACGGUUUCCAGAAAUGAAGGACAAUACGUUCUUGAAAGAAAAUAUAGCAGUAUUGCAUGUUUAC